AAUGAUAAUAAAAUUAAAAUUGGAGGCAGAGAAGGUCAUCGACUCAUCUGAAAGGAAUGGCGUCAGUUUCAUGGUUCUGUUAUCUGCAUACGCGACCUACUGCACGUGACUUCACAGCCUCUGCGGGAGACAAAGGUCUAUUACCUUCCAUAACCGUAGAGAACCAUAAAAAAACAUCAUAUUCACUUUCUUCAACGGAAGAAGGAUAUGCUGUUAACAGAAGACAAAUUAUUCUUCACACUGCAGUAGCUACAUUUGCGGUCCCAGCUAUUGUCCCAAAUGCAUUGGCAGUCAACGAUGUGUCUGAGGAUAUUCGUGAUUACACUGAUGAUGUCAACAAGUUCAAGAUAACGAUUCCCCAAGAAUGGCAAGUAGGAACUGGAGAGCCUAAUGGGUUUAAAUCAGUAACUGCUUUCUACCCAAAAGAGGCAUCUAAUUCCAAUGUGAGUGUUGUGAUCACAGGGCUGGGACCGGAUUUCACUAGGAUGGAAUCGUUUGGCAAAGUUGACGAAUUUGCGGAGACUCUGGUUAGUGGGCUGGACAGAAGCUGGCAAAGACCUCCGGGUGUAGCUGCUAAACUCAUAGAUAGUAAAUCAUCCAAUGGGAUUUAUUACAUUGAGUACUCGCUCCAAAAUCCUGGUGAGAGUCGCAAACAUCUAUAUUCAGCUAUUGGGAUGGCAUCAAAUGGUUGGUAUAACAGACUGUAUACUGUGACAGGACAGUUCGUGGAAGAGGAAACAGACAAGUAUGCUUCCAAAAUUCAGAAGGCGGUUGCAUCAUUUAAGUUCAUAUGAAGAAAUGGUCACGAGGAGGAGGGAGAAUUUGCAUAAAAGACAAAAGAGGUUUAACCAAAUGGCUAUUCAUUAUUGCAUAAAACAAGUAGAGAUGAAAAAACAAAUAUGAGUAGUUUAUCUGUCAGUUGAUAUGAAAUGCCCUUGAUUUUAAUAAAAGAUCAUUAAGAAAAUGUAGAUUCCUAAAGUGUAAGAAGAUGUUUACACAAGUUGAUAUGAUUGCAGAAGAAUCAAUAACAAGAAUAAUGACUUGUAAGAGAAAAAUAAGUCAAAAUAAAUGACAA